AUUUCUCCUCGAUAUAAUUGCCAUUUUAAUUUUUCCAAAUAUAUGUCGCGAGAAUAUUUAAAGGAGAACAAAGGACAAAGCUUCCACGACGCUUCUCUGGACUUUAAUAUCGGGCGAAUUCUCGAGCAAGCGAGUUAACGAGAUGACGUGUUUCCUCCGCGAGUACGUCGCGAGCAAGAACGCGUACGUCAGUGGCGCGGGAUUAAUCAUGGCGUCACAUGUGGCGCGACGUGGGAUUUCUCGCGGCCGUGAAAGCCACUUUAGCUGCUAAAUUCGAUCUGCUCGCGAAUCGCGAGCCAAUAAUGGCUCUCUUCAAAUGAUCAGUCAUUAAUUCCGUCCCUCUGGCGAUCAGCUGACUGCUUUCUCGCGGCGUCUCCGUCCGAGUCCGUGGUUUUUACUUCCUGUCGGAUGGAAAGAGCGUCUCGGAAAAAAAAAGUCUCGCGAGAGAAAUUAUUUAAUCGAAUGGCGUCAAUCAUAAUAAUAAUAAAUCGGGGACGAUUCGGCAUCGAUGUCAAAGACGUGGCCAUGUUUAUCGUUCAUUCGCGCGGCGAUAAAUGGCUAGCAAAGUGUGGGCGCGUGAAAAAUUAUCUCGUCCAGCCAUACAGAAGCGUGAAUUCCUCCGCGCUUGGAGCGAGAGGAACGCACAUUUUUCCGCGUGUACUUUGAACGGAGCACGGUAAGCGGGCUUUAUUCGAGAGAUAAAGGGAUUUCUCGAUGUAACCCGGAGAAUCGCAGAGAUCGCGGGGGGGGGGAAGAGGGAAGGAGAGGCCCCGAGUUUAGGCUCCGAACGUUCACCGCGCAUGAUAUAAAGUUGCGUGAUUUGGCACUUGGCGAUAUUAUUGCGAUAUCGCGCACCACGCGAUAGGGGCCAGGGAUCUCCUCGUUUACCGAGCGCCGAGUAACGAUCGAGCGCUCUUGAGACACGGCUCAUAGAUCCGAAACGCGAGGUGGAAGAAAGACAAAGACAAAGAGAGAGAGAGAGAGAGAAGGGGGUAGGAGAAUCAUUCCCUCGAGGCUUCAGACGAAUCUUCGUCGAUAGGGAAAGAAAAAAGAGAAAGAGCGACUCCGGGGCAGCUCGCCAUCGAAGUGCGUCUAGAUCUCUUCCUCCUCGUGCCUCUCGGCACAGAUGGAUGUCCGCGCUCGCGCGCGCGCACGUACGCAUUAGCGCACGCACGCAUAUCCGCUCGGGCCGUAAUGUAAACCGGAAUUUGUUGCAGCCACACGUCGGCCGAUGAGUCUCGGAGGACGAUGGAAAGAAGAGCGAGCCAGUAGCCGGACGAUCGACGGGAACGGGAACGGGAGCGCUGACGCUGACGGAUCGCGAUAAGGCAAGGCUCUUUAAUCGCUCCGCGCUAAAGCGAGCGUCGCGAGGCGGGUGGACGUUGGAGGAGGCGACGAGAGCGCCGUGCCACAUUCGUCCCGCGAUCGUGUCGCCGGAAGGCGAGGAGGUGAUCGUCGUCGCCGGAAGCCGGAGCCGCAGCCGGAGUCGGAGACCGCCGAAUCCGAGGAUGACGACGAUCGACGAACGCGCGAGCGCCUAGAUACUGGUGAAUAAUAAUCGUUCCUCGCGCGCCAUGUUGCCCGCGGCGGGCAACAAGGGCGAGAGAAGAAAUCUGCGCGGAAGCGCGCGACUCUCGUCCAAGAUGUCGGGAAGGCCGCCCCGGUUGCGGGCACUGCGACCGCGGUCGCGGCAGCAACGGACGAGGACGGACGCGACGCGCAGAUCGGAAGGUAACCUUAAAGGGGCAGCGAGUCGCGAGGAGGAGCUUGACGCGAAGAGAUGCGACGAGGAGGAGGAGAAGAAGACCGAAGAUGCGGGGAAGACGACCGAUAUGGAGGGCAAUGCGAUGGCGAACGAAAUGGACGUCGACGACGACAACGAUGACGACGAUGAGGAGGAAGAGGUGACCAUGACCGCCAUCACCGACGAGGCGAACCAAGAGGCGACCCCGGAUGAUGUCGUUGACGUUGACAUCGAGAUGAGAUCCGAGGAAGAGACGACCGAGCAGGCUUCCUACGAGUGCAAGAGCUGCAAACCCCCGAAAAUGCUGUCCGAUAUCAAGGCCUACUUCGAGCAUCUCCGAAAGGAGCACAAGUACAAGUGGAAUCUAGAAAGACACAUGCGGAAUCAUGGAGGUGGAGGUGCUUUCAAAUGUCGCGCUUGUAAUUUUACCGCUGAUAUCCGUCAGAGCUUAACGGUGCAUGAGUCGUAUCAUCACAACCCACCUGUGGGUCAUAUCAACCGCAAAAGUAAUAAUGCUUUUGAACGUAAGCCACGAAAUAGUCCGAAACGUUAUAAUCAGGUUGGAGCCAGUGAUUUUCGAGCAUCGUUCAAUAAAACUGGAAGUACAACCACAUCGGCCAACUCUACCGAUUCGUUUGUAUCGGAUCAUUCGUUAAUUUCGUUAGACGAUAAGAGAAGCGCUCUAGCCAGUGCCGAAUGCAUUGCAUUGAAAUGCGAAGAAAAGGGCUGUCAAUUUAUAACAGCUUGGGAUUCCGAGAUGCAGCGUCAUUUAGCGGAAUGUCACGCGCCACCCAAGCCAAGGAAACCACUGCCACGAUUAAUUCCAUUAAGUUUAGCUAAUUCUAAGCCCAAUAAUAGCCCGAUUGGCAAUAGUAGUAGUGGACCACCCACCACUCUGCUAAAAGUUCCACGAGUCAGAGUGAGGCCCGAGCUAGCGCAAAUUGCGAGGGAUACAGAGCUGGCCAAAAUGUAUGGAAAUAAAGAGGCUGCGAAUUCGAAGAGGGACCUUAAUACUGCGGCCGGUAUAUUUGAGAGAAAAAACGCUUCCUUCUUCGAUAAACUUAAGGAAAAACUAACGACGACGGCGACGUCGAUUAAUAAUAACAGCGUGCCAGAGGUAGCUGUAAGUAGCGACAACAAUUUGAAAUGCUGGUGUACGUUUAAAGCUAGUAGCAUGGAGGAGCUAGCUUGCCACAGACAAACACAUCACACUGCGCUCAGUGUAUCCGUGGGUACGACACGUUGUCCUAAGUGUAGAAGACGUUGCAAGAGUACAACUGAUCUUCAAGUGCACAUGCAAUGCUGCCAUUCGCGCAACGACACAUCAUCGUUCAUCGAUAGUAGUUUAGAGAAAGUAACCAAUUGUUCGGACGUCCGCAUGACCUCGUCUUAUCGUGGUGAAUACACUUUUCCAUCGCAAAUGGAUUGGGACGCGAAUCUCAGAGGACUAAAUUCUUCUGGAUCUUCGGUUGAAGGUGGUCCGACACAUCCGAGCGGGCGGCGAGUAUUCAAAUGUCCCCAUUGUCCGUUUUGGGCUUCCACCGCAAGUCGCUUUCACGUUCAUAUAGUCGGUCAUUUAAACCGGAAGCCGUUCGAGUGUUCUAUGUGCGCGUAUCGUUCUAACUGGCGAUGGGACAUCACAAAACAUAUUAAACUUAAAGCAGCUAAAGACGCAGUGCAUACGACCGCCAGAGUGCUCAUGACGGAUGAGACAGGUCGACGGAAUUAUUCCAAGUAUAACAAAUAUCUCGCACAGGUAGAACAACAACCGUGGGAUGAGGAUCAUAUGGAGGAACGUAGCAUAGAGGAAACAAACUCUGAGGAGCUUGCCUCGACAAAAUUAUUAAUUGUAGACAACAAAGAGUACGUUCCGACGAUUGAUCUCGCGUCGCAAUCUCCCGUCACGAUCUUGCCGUCGAGCGAGGCGAAUCAGAACGGUCAUAACGUGGACGUGAGUUUGCGACCUCCACCAGCACUUAAAGCUGCAGUGAAGAGUCGUGGACAGUCUCUGCUGAAGAACAAUCCAAUCACGAUACAUACCACUAGUGGUGGCGGUGCGCUCUCUAUAUCAACAGCGACAGAGGAAAACAAACGUAUUCAGUGGAAGUGUAAACGUUGCAAUUUUCGAGAUUUUAAUAAAGACACUGUCUUGUUGCACGUUAAGUCUCAUUACGAUUCUACUGAUCAAGAGCCCACCGAAGAAAGGGAUCCAUUUGAUUGUGGGGUUUGUCCCUUUUCAGCAUCAGACGCUGCGACUCUAUCUCUUCAUAAGAUGCACCAUCGACCAAACUUGGAAGCUAUAUUCAAAUGCUAUCUUUGUCCAUACUACGUUAGUACAAAGGCAGAACUGUUGGAACACGCUAGACUUCACGGGGAAGAGUUGGCAUCUAUUCAUCAGCAAAACAUGAUGAUGGAUUCACCAAAUUCGAAGAAUAAAUUACAACAAGUGUCAAUUUCCGACGUCGGCAUAUCUCGAACAAAGAACGAAACAUCUGUAGAACAAGUGAUUCAGAUAACGUCGCGUAAUAAUGUAACGACGGUUUCAAAGUCUGCGUCGGGAGUAGUUCCACCGCCGCCACCACCACCGUCGCUUCUCCUAGAUACCCGCGCUCUUCCAGAUGCUCCGCUCGUUUGGGUAUCGCGACCAGAUGGCACGUUAACAAAGAUGCUCAAGUGUCGUCAUUGUCCCUAUGUCUCAUCGCGUCGUGCAGAAGUGCGCGACCACGAGACGAUGCACGUAGAUACACCGGCUCACGGUCCUUUGAUUGCUUGUACGGAUUGUAGCUUCACCUGCGCGCGCCGGGAAAUUAUGAUCGCGCAUACGGAGAUGCACGCAGGAUCCUUGGGUACUGUUCACUGUCUAGUGGAUGAGACACGGCCCGACUCUCAACAGGCGAAUGAUCUAGCCACUCUACUCGGCUUGACGCAUACCCCAGUAUUGGGCACUGAACCUGACUUGCACGACUCUCGUUUGGUGCAUUGUUGCGGCAAAUGUCCGGCACGAUUCCUAUGUGAGAAGGAAUUGCGCAUUCACCUGCGCUAUCAUACCACAGAACUAGCGCAUUCGUGCCAAUGGUGCUCAUACGCGGCGCGUCAGUCAACGCAUCUGUUGGCUCAUCAAAAGGCGCAUUCGAGCGAGUAUCAAGAACGCACCAAGUAUUUGUUAUCUCUGUACGGGCAUUCGCAACGUUAUCCGCCACCUGCGACAGCGUGCGUAGAGGCAGCGGCGAAUCAGGAGAGUAACAAUAGUUCUGCGCCCAACGUUGCAUGGAUCGUCGUCGAGAUCAAUGAAAAUGUAAACAGCAGCGCCGUGUCGACCGUUCAAAGGACUGGAGGAAAUCAAGUAUUUACGUGCGCUAAGUGCCCAGCGCGCUAUUUCAGGCUAGAUGCCUUAGAGUACCACAUGACUCUACAUGGUUCGAACAAUCGAUUCAAAUGCAACGAUUGCGACUAUUCGUCAAAAACAACACAGAACCUCGUAAAGCAUCAGGUGGUACAUCGACGACACAACGAAAUCGACGACGAAACGACAGCAACGACACCGUCGACUACCCUUAUAGCUACCUCUUCCGUUUCCGCCUUAUCUGUGCAACCGCCACCGGAUCCGCAAUUCGGUAUCUUCAUGCGCGGUAAUCCCAACUUUGUCUACCAAGGUUAUCUGCGGAACGGCCGUUUGAAGGAAAAACGCUACAAAUGCCACAAGUGUCCGUCCGCUUUCGAGAAACGCGAGCAGUACAGGGUCCAUCUAACGCUACACGGCGCCAAGCAGCGAUAUCGCUGUGACACAUGUGACUAUUCGGUCAAAUACUACGCAAAUUUUAUACAACAUUUAAAAAAGCAUCAGGCAAAUGCGGAAGCGCAAGCAUCGCGCAGACAGUUUGAGGAUGAUCGGAUCUCCGUGGACAGCGACAGUAUCGCCGACGUAACUGUCGCGUCUUCAUCGCGCAAAUCCUCGCGAUCGUCUGUCGUUGUUGUAUCUUCCGGUAACAAUAUCACAAAUACGUUGCAACCUUCUAAUCAGGAUAAGCAGAGUCUGCUACUGAUGCAGAAGAAGGGUAUCAUCUCCGCAACGGGUGAGGCCGAUGCGGAAACGAUCCGUUGCCUCAGUUGCCCAUUCUCCACCACCGAUAAGGACGUGAUGGACGCGCACAAGCGUCGCCACGGCAUUGAGCGUAUGACUCCGUCAUGUCCGCAUUGCGAUUAUAUUCCGCGAAAGGAUGAAAAUAUUGGCGAACACAUCAGAUUGCACUUUACGAGAUUGUAUAAACCCGAAUCAUAUCUCAUUGUCGAGCUGUUGACGCUGAUGAUGGAAAAGAUACCAAAGGUAAACGGCAAAGAAGAGGAGAAGGGAAGACAACGGAUGAAAGAGCUCUUGUUCAAGGAAUGCGCCGAUGGCAGAUUUUUGCCGCUUACCGAACCGCACUCUCUAUCUCUAGGUACUUCAACUGUAAACAAGAGGGUUAUUGUGGAUCCAAACACGGGUGAAACUAAGAAUAAUCUUGCUACAUAAAUCGAACAUUUUUAUUCUAUGAUUAUGGUCGCGCGGACAUUUCUGUGUCCAUGGCAUAUUUUCACGCAUUUUUCUAUGUAAGAGACUGAUACGAAAUAGAUGAUAUAGACUUGGCGAACAAUUAUAAGUUAGUGCGCAUUGUAAAAAUUAACGAUUUUGUUUUUUUAAAUAAUUGAUCAUUUAAAACAGAAUUUAUCAAUCCAUUAAAUUUCUGAACAUAUAUACAGGGUGUCCCACCUAGAAGUGGCCAUCCCCUUUUAUCUUUUAAACUAAAAGAGAUAGAUCAUAACAAAUAUAUAUGAAAUUAAAUGGCUUUAACUGAACUUUAUUGUGAGUAUAGUGGUUGAUUACAAAAUUUAUCUAUAUUAAAGAACGGAGAGAUAUGUAUAAUUUUUUUAUAAUAAUGUAGAUAUUUUGAUAUAAUAAAAGUUGUAGUAGUUUGAAACGAAUAUAACGAUGUAUGAUAUUUAAUGUAAAUAUUUUACAUAUUAUACGAGAUUUUCCGGCUUGAAAUAUCGCGGGCGACGUCCAUCAUUCAACUUUUAUUAUAUCAAAAUACAUUAUUAUAAAAAAUUAUACAUAUCUCUCCGUUCUUUAAUACAGAUAAAUUUUGUAAUCAACCACUAUACUCACAAUAAAGUUCAGUUAAAGCCAUUUAAUUUCAUUAUAUUUGUUAUGGUCUAUCUCUUUUAGUUUAAAAGAUAAAAGGAGGUGGCCACUUCUACGUGGGACACCCUGUAUAUAGAUUUGUUACAUGUAAUAAAAUAGUAUUGAUCUUUUCAGUCAUAUUUUAUAGGUACCGCGCGCUUUAUAUUACAUUUUUGCAUUCAUUAUUGAUACAUUAUUUAGUAACUUUGAACGAUAAUGAAUAUGUGAAUAUAUAUUCUACAUGCAAACUUAAUAAUGUAUACUAUAUUUUGUUAAUCUAUGAUCAUCAUUAUUGUAAAUAUUUAUUUGAAACCGUCGAUCUUGUACAAUACAAAAUGUGUACGAUAAUAAAUGCUCACACAGUGUA